AUGGGAGUCCCAACCGAGACCUCGAGACUCCGCGCUCGACAGUUUCAGAGAUUCUAUCACCACAAACCACCAAUGAAUAACAGAGAUCUAAUCACAGACGCUAUUCUACGAAAGGCGGAACACUACGAGCCAAUCUAUGAGCUUUCUCAAUGCGAGGCUGGCGAAGAAGAAUUUCCGCCAUGGGCCACGAACAGGGCUAGCUUACGCUCUACAGUCACAGCAGCCUUUUGGAGAGAGGCGUUUGACGCUCUUGAUGAUGCACAGGCGCUUAUAGAUCAUAGGAAUAGGACCACUCCAAAGCGGGCAGUCCAAAAUACACCGACUGUCAUCCCUGAUGAGACAGAGCAGACUACCGCCACUGGCGCCCCUCCGAAGUCAAAGACCAUGAAGUAUCUGAGAUCAGCCGUGGAUACACCAGGACCAGAUAGCAUGCCAGGCAGCUGGGAUGAGGGUGAAGAAUUCCCCUUCAGCGAGAAGCAGGUUGCUAGAUACCUGCGAUGGACUAAGAAGCAAGGCGAGGGACACGGAAAGGAACAGGGAGAAAAAUGUUAG